AUGGGGCGCGGUGGCGGCACCUUCGAGCGGCUCCUCGAUAAGGCUACGAGCCAGCUCCUUUUGGAAACAGACUGGGAAUCCAUCCUGCAAAUCUGCGACAUGAUCCGUCAGGGAGAUACCCAAGCAAAAUACGCUGUCAGUGCUAUCAAGAAGAAAGUCAAUGACAAGAAUCCCCAUGUGGCACUCUAUGCACUGGAGGUCAUGGAGUCAGUGGUUAAAAACUGUGGCCAGACAGUCCAUGAUGAGGUGGCCAAUAAACAGACUAUGGAGGAACUGAAGGAAAUACUCAAGAGGCAAGUGGAGAGCAGUGUCCGCAGCAAGAUCCUGUACCUCAUCCAGGCCUGGGCUCACGCCUUCCGCAACGAGCCCAAGUACAAGGUGGUGCAGGACACCUACCAGAUAAUGAAGGUUGAAGGUCAUGUGUUCCCAGAGUUCAAGGAGAGUGAUGCCAUGUUUGCUGCGGAAAGGGCUCCAGACUGGGUCGAUGCUGAGGAGUGUCACAGGUGCCGAGUGCAGUUUGGGGUUGUCACAAGGAAGCAUCAUUGCAGGGCCUGUGGGCAGAUCUUUUGUGGCAAAUGCUCCUCCAAGUAUUCCACCAUCCCCAAGUUUGGGAUUGAGAAAGAAGUGAGAGUCUGCGAGCCCUGUUAUGAGCAUCUGAACAAGAAAGCUGAGGGUAAAGCUGCUGCCACUUCUGAACUGCCUCCUGAGUACCUGACCAGCCCCCUGUCUCAGCAGUCCCAGCUGCCUCCAAAGCGUGACGAGACAGCUCUGCAAGAGGAGGAAGAGCUCCAGCUUGCUAUUGCCUUGUCUCAGUCAGAGGCUGAGGAGAAGGAGAGGAUGAGGCAGAAAACCUCCUACUCUGUGUACCCGAAGGCUGAACCCACACCUGUCACAUCCUCAGCUCCCCCGGUCAGCACGCUCUACUCCCCACCCGUGAACUCCUCUGCUCCCUUGGCUGAGGACAUUGACCCAGAGCUGGCUCGGUACCUGAACCGCAACUACUGGGAGAAGAAGCAGGAGGAAGCUCGCAAGAGCCCCACACCAUCAGCACCUCUGUCACUCACAGAGCCAUCUGCUCAGCCUGGGGAAGCCCACCCUGCCCCGCUCAGUGUGGUUGAGCAUAGGAGAGCAAGGGCUGAUGGGCUGCCCUCUCCUUCCAAGCAGUACCAGAACGGCGAGUCCGAGGAGAACCACGAGCAGUUCCUGAAGGCACUGCAGAACGCAGUCACCACGUUUGUCAACCGCAUGAAGAGCAACCACAUGCGGGGCCGCAGCAUCACCAAUGACUCUGCUGUAUUGUCCCUCUUCCAGUCCAUCAACAACAUGCACCCCCAGCUGCUGGAGCUGCUCAACCAGCUGGAUGAGCGGAGGCUGUAUUAUGAAGGGCUGCAGGACAAACUGGCCCAGAUCCGGGACGCACGUGGGGCUCUGAAUGCUCUACGAGAGGAGCACCGGGAGAAGCUGCGCCGCGCCGCAGAGGAGGCCGAGCGACAACGCCAGAUCCAGCUGGCCCAGAAGCUGGAGAUCAUGAGGCAGAAGAAACAGGAGUACCUGGAGAUGCAGCGGCAGUUGGCCAUCCAGCGACUGCAGGAGCAGGAGAAAGAGAGGCAGAUGCGCCUGGAGCAGCAGAAGCAGACCAUACAGAUGAGAGCCCAGAUGCCAGCCUUCUCACUGCCCUAUGCCCAACUCCAGGCCAUGCCUGCAGCCAGUGGAGUGAUCUACCAGCCCUCUGGGCCCACCAGCUUCCCUGGCACCUUCAGCCCGGCCAGUUCCGUGGAGGGUUCUCCCAUGCACAGUGUGUACAUGAACCAGGCAGCACAAGGGGGCACAGGGCCAUACACUGCCAUGCCCGUCACAGGGACAGAUCCCAGCAUAGUGAAUGCCUACAUGUACCAGCCUGGUGCAGGCAGCGGGCAGGCAGCUCAGCAGGGACAGGCAGUGCCUACCACCACUCCAGCGUACUCAUCUUACCAGCCCACCCCAACGCAGGGCUACCAGAGUGCAGCUUCACAGUCACAGAGCAUCCCAGCUAUCUCCCAGGCCCCCCAGUCGGGUGCCAUGGGCUACAUGGGUGGCCAGUCGGUUUCCAUGGGCUACCAGCCCUAUGGCAUGCAGGGCCUCAUGUCAGCCCUGCCAGGCCAGGAAGCCACGAUGAGCAGCCUGCCAGCCCAGCAGUCCUAUUUGCCUGGCCAGCAGCCCCUCUACCAGCAGAUGGCACCUGCUGGAGGGGCCCCCCAGCAGCAGCAGCAGCCCCCACCGGCACCUGCCCCAGUGCAGCAGCCCCAGGGCAGCAGCGAGGCCCAGCUCAUCUCUUUUGACUGA